UUCAAAGUAUUAUAGUGAAUAUAAGAAGUCUCUAAGUAAUAGAAAAAAACAUGAUCUUAAUAAAACAGUUACCGUUAAAAAGUUAAUUGGAGACAGAAGGCAAAAAGGUCACUAUAGUACUCUUAGAGAAAGCAAGCAUUAUUGUAGUAGUAAAAGAAGUUGGGUUAAACAAAGAAUGCCUAAGAAUAAG